AUGCCCAGACAGCAGCCCAUCCUGGAGACACCAAUCCUACUCACACACGCACCCCAAACCCCGGUCCACGCCCUGGUCCGGCUAUCGCGGAAUCAGGGAAACACGGUACUACUCGAGGAGAGGAUCAACAUCCGGCACCCGCAGUCCCUCUCGCUGUGUGCCCAGGAUGGUGUGCGGGAGAGGGUGGCCUGCGAUCCGCACGCCCCGCACGCCUCGCGGCUGGUGAUCCGCAGGGACAUCCUCCCCCCGGGAAAUACCAUAAGUGCCAUGCUGGUGCGCAUGCGGGACACCGUCACACCCAUACCGCUGGCCACGGAUGGGAGGUUUGCCUACUUUUACCAGGUCCAGCACGAGCUCUGCAUCAACCCACACCCGGCACCGCCCCCCAACCUCCAGGGUCACAUUCGCAUCAAUGGUACGAACCCACUGCUGUUCAACGACCCGAGAUACAAACUGGAGAUCUGGUUCAAGGAGGGCGAGGAAAUGUCAGAAACAAGAAAUAUGGAAGCCCUCUCCAACGUCCUGGAUACCGUGACGAGGAUAGAGAGCGCGCUGACCUUCACCAUAGUGCGCUUCGUGUACAAGACCGUGGGCGCACACCUCGAUGCCGUCUCCAUCGCGUUCCUCAGCAUCCUGAUCACGGCGCUGUCCUACAACACGCUGGCGAUCCUCAGAAACAGACCAACGACGAUCAGCAUGCUGCGCACACUGGCCUACAUCGCGGAGCUGGUCCGGAAGUUCGCGGCGCUCGUGGGCAUCCAGGCCAUCAUCCGCUCCGUCCAGCCCGCAGACCCGGAGGCGGCCAGCCUCUUCGAGCAGAUCGAGUGCUUCACGGUGUCGCUCUGCAUCCUGAUCCUGGUCUGCGUGCUGCCGGCGAGCUUCCGGGAAUCACCCGACGGGCAGCAGUUCCUCCGCCUCGUGCUGUUCAUGUUCGCGAGCAACACCGAGUUCGUCGUGCAGAGGGUAAGCUUCGGCUGGACGCUGCCAUACCUCAGCAUGGCUGGCUUCUUCGCCCUCUCCCGCCUGCAGCACUUCCCGGGUCACAGCGCCAUCACCGCCACUGUCCUCAGCGCCGUCAUCCUCUCCCUGACCAACAUGAUGGUGCUGGCCAGCUGGACCAUCUCCGUCACCUCCACGGACAAGUUCCCGCAGAUCACGCAGCUCGUCAGCCUCCUCGUCAUCUUCGACGCCCUCUCCCUCCGGUACCCGGACUUCCACACCAUGCGCGACUACGCCGUGUGGCAGGGUGCCGCCCAGAUCCACGCGCUCAUCGUGGCCCGCGAGGUGAACCGCGGCUCGGUCGCCACCGUCGCGAUCUUCGUCGCGCUCGCGCUCCAGGCCUUCCGCCUUUACCUCCCCCGCACCACCGCCCUCUCCGAGCUCACCGUCCUCAUCCUCAUCAACACCAUCCUCGGGAUGGUGCAGCAGGCCGUCAACGCCCUGCACAUGGCCGACACCGUCGUCGUGAUCGUCCUGUGGAUCACCGUCAUCCACAUCCUCAUCACGGCGGGGGACGUCGGGGUCAACCUCGGGGGCACGAUGACGGCCAACUCGACGACCCCGACGAUCCAGGACUACGAGGCCGUCUUCGGCCCCGCGGCACGGCAGAUCAAGGAGGACACGCAGCGUCACAAGCGGCACCAGAGGUGGCACCUUCCCGACGUCCUCAAGGGCUCGAACACCUUCCUCGCGGACCGCGUGGACGGGCUCAUCACCGACGCCACCAACUCUCCUUUUACUAGGAAUAUCCUCCCCUACGUCUACCUCGAAAACCCCGACCAGAAGCUCAAGUGGAACGUCUGGAGGUUCGACGAGGGCCUGGCCACGCGCGUGCCCUACGAGUCGGCAGCCAGGGUCUUGACUCAAAGUAAGACCAGCCAGGCCGCGUACAUUACCAGGAACGGCAUGGCGAUCCAGAUGGAGCACAACUUCAUGAUGUCGCCGGCUGGACGCGAGAAUUUCAAGCGCCAGUUAAUGCAGCUGGUAGGAUCCAUACAGAUGUCCAACGACCUCGACGUCCACCACGCGCUGCUCCUCGCCCCCAACUACGAGGCCCACCUCCGCGAAAAGUACUACACCACCGAGAAGACGACACUGCAGCUCAUCCGUCAGUACGUCGACAGCUACGGGCUCAUGCAGAAGCACCCCAACGCUCUUGACAUCAUGAUCGAGGACGCGAAGAACACCCUGAAGACCUGGGGCUCGCCCCCACCCACCUUCCUGAUGUGCAACGGCGCCCUGACCAUGCAGAUGACCUUCAACCCGGAGAAGACGCAGUACCUCACCAACGGGACCGGUGGUCCUCUUCUUUUGAAGCAGGGACCGGAUUUGCCGUCCUAUAGGGGGCUGAGUAUCAUUCACUCCAGGAAGUUCUCCAUGAACACCGGCGAGCCGCCCAGGGACGUCCUCCGCAGAAGGUCCCGCGUCGCCGAGCACUACCGCAUCAACGGCACCGUCCGCGAGCUCAGGGACAACAAGUGGCGCUUCUACGACCAGUCCAAGGAUGGGACCUUCGACCUCACCUUCAGGGAGCUGCUCGAGCACUCGUGGAUCGACUCGGAUAUUGCAGGCAACGUCACCAAGGAUCACCGUCCACGACCCACCGUCGUCCGUCCAAACCGGGAACCAUACAAUAAUCCCGAUUUUAAGCUCCUCUCCGCCCCUCUCCAGCUCACCUCCCCAAACCUUACCGCGGGCGACAUCGGGGUGCACUAUCCAGAGCAGGCGGCCAAGGAAGCGGAGGGCUACCGCAGGCUGCGGGCGGAGGGUAACCCCUACCACGCCCACGACCUGAACGCACUGAGGGUGCGGGACAGCAUGGACGGUGCGCUGGCCGUAUCGGCGGGCCUGGGUGGCAUCGCCCCCUCCCACGCCAUGGCAGUAGAAAACGUUUCCACGAUGCUCGCCGGCAACAGCGGCGUGCUGCACUGGGCGGCGCACCAGUUCCGCUCGCUCCGCGCCUCGCUGAAGGCACCCGAGGGUAAGCAGGACGUGCUGGCGCGGGAGGCCGUGCUGCUCAAGGCCAAGCGCCUGACGCUCAAGGGUGAUUCCCUCCACAUUGGGUACCAGACGAUCCCCAAGGACGAAAUCACCGAAGCCCAGGCGGAGUUCAGGAAGCGUCCCUGGACGGCACUGGAGAUGUCGGCGGCGGUGGGGGUCGUCGGCUCAGUGCUCUUCAACGGCAUCCGCGCCCCCAACGCGCUCAACCCCCAGGUCCCGGAGUCUGCGGCGCGGGAGUUCGUCCCUUUCAUCCAGUCUUGCUUCUGCCACUCGAUGAUGGACUCACCCCUCUGCAACGCGCUGCUCUCCCACGUCAACGUCCCGCUCGACCUCCAGGGGGAGUUCCUCUCCUUCCUGGGCCUCGCCGACCUUGGCAACCGGGAGGAGCUGGCCGCCGCCCAGGCCGAUCGCGACAGCCCCUACUGCUCCGUGCUCAUGGUCAAGUACAUCUCCCAUGCCCACCCCGACGCUGGCGUGCGGGAGCGCUGUGUCAAGGUCCUGGAGUCCUUGGCCCCCGAAGUCUCCCGCCAGCUCGAUGACACGCUCCUCGACUACAGCAACAAGGUGAUUGACUCCCUGGAAUCCGGGGCUCAGGCAGGCCUGGACGUCCGCUUCCUCACCGGCCUGCUCCAGCGCUCCACCUCCGAGCGCCUGCAGGCCCCGGCGCAGAGCCGCCUGCACACCCUCGCGACCUCGACGAUGCACGUCAACGCCUCCGGGGACACCAUCAGCAGCUCCCCCAUCUUCAAUCGGGAGCGCGACGACGAGACCCGCGCCCUGCUCGCCUCCAACGGGCUGAAGCUCGACUCCGACGCCGUGCUGGGCACCGAGUUCCGCUGCUACCCCUUCCCGCUCACCUCCGCCGACCUCUCCUCCGUCGACAGCAUCCUGCAGCACAGCCGAUUGGCGGAGUACCAGUCUCCUUCCCUCGACGUGGAGGCACUCAGAAAGGACGUCCAGUGCUUUUUUGAAGCUCAAGACAGCCGCGACCAUCUCCUCUCCCACCUCUACAGGCUUGCCUUCGCCAGGAUGUUCACCAGCGUCAUGCACUACGCUAACGACGCCGCCGCCCCGGGCUGCGUGCUCGCCGCCAAGAGCGCGGUGGGGAACGUCAGGCACACCCUCGGGGCCAGGAUCACCAGCUCCCCACUUGUCAUCGAUACACCAAAGAUUGGACUCAACUUUGAAAACACAAACAACGCAAUGACGUUCGACGAUAUCUAUAACACCAUUGUAUCUGACCAUGAGACGAACGCGACGCAGACCGUUAUCAAUGAGCUUCAGAGGCGUAGUCCAGAAUAUCAUCCUCCUAGACCAGGUGGAGGAGGUCCAGUCGUUACGACCUACAGACCAGCCCCCGUCCCCCCACCAGCACCCCCCACCGGAUUUGUCGGAGCCCCAAACCGGAACCCCCUCCUGGACUGGUACGUGGAUAUCGUGUGCGUGCGCCCGAACAUCGAGCACAACAUGCUGGCGGCGAUCAUGGGGAGGGGCGGGACGGGCGAGCUGGGGGCGACGUACUGGGGCCAGACGGAGAUGACGUGCUACGACGACGGGCAGCACGGCAUCUGGGGCAUGCAGUACAAGUACCACGCCAAGGCCCUCGUCCACAACGAGCGCAACCUGAUCCGCCUGUGGGACAUCUGCUUCGACGGCUACAACGGCGGGAUGGACGACACGGUGGUGGAUUGGAGGGAUGGUGACGAUCUUGAACAGUUCAGGAAGGACACGAGCUCGAUUGACAAACCCUACGAAGGAAAGAGUAUGUUCAUCAUGUCGUUCUUCGUACCUCACAACCACCCCGAAAUCACAAAGAUCAAGCAGCCCUGGCCCAACCCCAUCGUGUUCUACGACCCGCACUCGGCCAACACCAACGACCGCCUGCCGAUCGACCCGGACAACCUGUACAACACGGUGAAGCCGGAGAUGCGGGUGUUUACCAAGGACUGGUACCGCGACAAGUACCUGCACUACCUCGCGCUGCUCCCCAACUUCAACCAGCUUCACGCGCUGAGGAAGGUGGCGGGGCAACAGACGGUGCAGAACGAGACGAACGUCUGCGCGCUCAGCUUCCACGGCGACGUCGUCACGUGCGCACUGGGAGGGUCGGAGAUCAGCAAGGUCCACGGCGCCGGCCACCUGGGCCACUCCUUCCAGGGCGUGGCGAGCGUCAGGGAGGGCAAGGGGCUCAGGCCCAUGAUGCAGCCCUCGUUGACAAGGCUGAUUUGA